AUGUCUGGCAAUAAAGAAGACCCGUCUAGAAGGAAAGGUCGAGGUUUGAACAGAGAGCUGCACUCGGUGCUUACGUUGGACAAUGUGAAUUUGUUGAAGUUCCAGGGAAGAAGGGGUGGGAACCCUUACUUGCAAGAUUUGCAGCAAGGUCCGGUGCCGAAAAAGCGGGUUUCGUCGCAUUGGUAUGCUCCUGGUGAAGUUGUGUCGCAUGCAGAAGAGUUAAGAAGACAGGAAGCGGAACGGUUGGAGGAGGAAAAACGUAGCCAGGAGGUCCAGAGACAGCAGGAAUUGGAGCAUGCGAGGUUGGUUGAAGCUGGUGAGAUUCCUGCAAAGCAUGAAGAGGUUUACUUGAAGGAUUUGUCUGAGGUUCCUGAGGUUGAGUGGUGGGAUUUGCCUUUCAUUGGAAGCGACGGCCAACCGCAUAAGAAAUACGCAAUGGAUUACUCUGGGCUCGAUCCUGAGGAAGAGAGCGACAGCGAAGAAGAAGCAGACGAAGAUAUGUACCCCAGUAUUAGGUAUAUUCAGCACCCGGUACCGAUUGAGAAACCGAGGGACACUGCUGGGAUGACAGCGAGGAUUUUCCUAACGAAGAAGGAACAGCGCAAGGCAAGAAGGAAUAACCGGAAGCUACUACGGCAAGAGAAGGAGGAAAAGAUAAAGCUUGGUCUCGAGCCAAAGCCCGAGCCAAAAGUGAAGCUCGCGAACAUGAUGAGUGUGUACGAAAACGAUGCCAACGUCGCCGACCCGACCCAGUGGGAAGCCAUCGUACGGCAGCAAGUGGCAGAUAGAAAAAGGAAGCACAUGGAAGAGAACGAGAGACGUCAUCAGGAAAGCGUGAAACGUAGAAAACAGGCAAGUGACAGCAGCAGCAGCAGCAGCAGCUUACAUGAGUAUACGUGUGUCGUAUAUAUGUUCGAUGAGAUCAAGAACCCCAGCGUUCGGUACAAAUUGAAGAUGAACGCAAAACAGUUGAAAUUGAAAGGAUGCUGUCUACACAUUGACGACGGUCGCGGGAUAUUGAUUGCGUUGGGAGACGAAAAGUCCAUACGGUUUUUCGAUAAGUUGGUGACCAGACGUAUCAAUUGGAACGAGUCUUACACGGACAAAACUACCAACGAGGUGGUCCACUGGAAUGGGAACUUGAAGAAAGUAUGGAAUGGUCUAAUUGGACCUGAUGAGUGCAAGUUUAGAGGCUGGUUCAUGCUAAAAUGCAACGACUCCAACCAAUUAACCGAUGUCUUACGCCAGCAGGACGCCACCGUAUUCCUGCCGUCCGGAGUCUUCUGA